UACGGUACGGUCAUGGCCAUCAACAUAAUGAGCCUGCUAUCCCAGUGGGUCAUCACGUUCAACAAAUACACUCUGCUCAGCAACCAAAUCGUUAUAGUCUGCCUCCGCGUCCUCCCUCCCCUGUGGCGUUGGCACCGAAUGCGCAACAAGUCGUGAACGCUGUAGCGACAAGAAGCACUCAACAGUUUUUCAAUAAUGUGUCGACUCUCGUCUUCAGUAGAGCUUCCAGUAGUGCUGGCGCAGACGAGUCUUUCUCAUCUAGCAUUUCGGAGAACAAGAACAUCAACUUCAACAACUUGGAGCACACACCAAACAAGUCUAAACCUGCUUUGUCUAAGCAACAGGUUUUCCAGAGGAAUAUGGAGUAUUGGCGAUACGAAUCUAGUCCUGUCUAUGUCCUCAUGCCAGAUAUGUUGCACGCAUGGGCUCCUAAAGUCUGGAUGCUGGGUGCAGGUGUACCUGGAUUUUGGAGAGACGAUGUUUUGAUCUGGGACGCUUUGGAUUCGUCUGGGAGUGGCGCAUUUAGCUACCUUGAGUCAACAACUUCGGCGUGGAUGCGAGGUAGUUCCUCUUCGUCUGCUGAUGUUGAAGAUAGUAGAGAUAAUAGUGAUGAUGAUUCAUCUUCGACAGCAGGUUCAGACGCUCCUCCAGCACCUCCUCCAUCGAAGUUUUACAAAUGUCGACUAGCAUUUUGUGAAUACUGGCGUCAUCGUGGAUUUCACGAAUGCGUGAUCCUACCUUUGCAGGGAGAGGAGCACCUGUGCCCGUUUGCGUUGCAGGAUGAAGAAGAGGAAGGGAGCGACUCAGAUGCAGACUCUGAUGAUGAAGGAGACGAGAGAAGCCACAGGAAUCGACGAGUAGAGCAGGAGUCGUCGCCGAUAGAGCAAAGAAGAGACAUUGCAGCACGCGCAGUAGCGAAAGUCCGCAAAAUUUGGCUGAAGGAUGUGUGCCCACUAGUUGGACCAACUCAGAGCCGACCGAG